AUGAUCUCUGAAGGGGUACAAAAGUUGCACUGGACGCAGCGAAUCGCCUUGGUACGGCACAACCUUCACGCCGCUCGACGGACAGGCGAUUUCAGUUUCUUCAAAUCACUACAGGCGCAUGCUCUCAUUGAAGGCACUGAUCACGUUGCUCUCCUCAAUCAGACCCUCGGCGACAGUGCGGAUGGUGUCCUGGCGACUCUCGAUAAUCUCAAUGCUGGCAUAGCUUACGUCCAUCAGGACGCGUUCAAAGCCAUAUACGACAACGCCAAGAACAACAUGCACGUAGGAGAAGGUACAUUAGCUAGUCGACGGUCCCUCCUCCGCGUAGACAUCUGCCAGCAACGCGACAUGGCCGAUCAUGCCAUCGACAAGACCACCAACUCCGCCAUCAACCUCAUCCAAGCCCAACCAGCUCAUUGCCAGGAUGCGGUGGCAAAUGCAUGGAUCACUGGUGCCACCAUCAUGGCUGACGCAGUCUGCGUGUGUCUCAAUGAGAUGAACAGCCUCGAAGAUCACCUUGACGACUUCAUCAGCCUCGAGUACUCCUGGAACAGCAUCCAAAAUUCCGUCGACGCCGCCAUCUCUGCACUGCGUGGGAUCUUCAGCCUUAUGACGACUACCUCCCAACCCGCUGCACCACACAGGAACCGCAAUCUUAGCGUCUCGUCAGCCAGCAGCCAAGAUCACGGCAGCGCAGCAAGCAUACGCAGCCGCAACUCGUCCACCGCGUCCGCGUUCAGCAUGAUUAAGCGCGCAUUCAGCGUAAGCGCUCCGUCGGGCCCCCCACCCUCGAAAUCAGCACGCAGCAGUGUGAACAGCGGCAGCCUGCCUCUCCCAGACCCCAACUCAAGGGGCUUCCGCGCAAGCAUCAGCGCUGCGUGCCCGACCAAGAUGCCCAAUUUCGGCGACCAUCCGCAUACGGUGCUGACGACCAUCCCGCCGACGCCUGCUGUCAUCGACAUGGGCUCGCCAGAUGUGAUGAAUCCGUUCAAGGAGAAUCCGGAUUACUUUGCUUUCGACAUGGGCAGUAGCAGGAAGAAGGAACCUGAGCAAGGCAGCGCGGAUGAGAUGUUGCAUAUUGAGGAUCUUGAUCCUCUUUACUCGCCGGCGGUGAUUGAGAUGCCUCAGCCGCUGAAGUCGAGACGUCUUUCCGAGUCUUUUGACAUGUCUAACCCCGAUGGUAUCACUGUUUGA